AAAAAUGGCUGCAAAAUGCCAAGAUCAUUCUUAAUUAUUUUCUAUAGUUUACUUUAUAAGCAUGGCCUCUUACGAUUCUCCUAGACUUAAAAUGGUUGUUGUUGGUGACGGGGCUGUUGGUAAAUCUUGCUUCCUCAUCUCAUGGUCUAGUGGAAGCUUUCCCAGCGAAUAUGUUCCAACUGUCUUUGAUAAUUAUGCUAUGGACAAAUUUGUAGAAGGCCAUGGGAAUGUUAUAUUAGCAGUUUUUGACACAGCUGGACAGGAAGACUAUGAUAGAUUGCGUCCAUUAGCUUAUCCUGAAACUGAUGUUAUAUUAAUGUGUUAUGACAUAUCCAACAGAUCGUCUUUUGAAAAUAUAAAAUCAAAAUGGCUUCCAGAAGUGAGGCAAUACAUUCCUGAUGCUCACGUAGUUCUGCUAGGACUCAAAAGUGAUCUGAAGGACACUGCCCAUAGCAUAGUGACUUAUGAUGAGGGAUACCAGCUGGCAAGGGAGGAAGUGUUGUCUGGUUUUCAUGAGGUCAGUUCUUUACGGCACCAAGGACUUGAAGAGGCUAUGCACACGGCCAUCAUUAACGGUUUAUCAGACAAGAAGAAAAAGAAAAGAUUCAAUUUAUUCAAAAGAAAGAAGUCCUCCAAGUCCUCAGAGCCGGCAGUACCUCCCCCUCCAGUGAUGCCUGAGAACACCCGUGCUCCGUGGAUCAACAUCACCUCCUCAACGUUAGCCAGCGACUGGUCCAAACUCAUCGACCACACCCAAUUCUCUGAUGUUGUUAUUCAUUUAAGUAACAAGAGGUACCACGGACAUCGGUACAUCCUAUGUACAGCAUCUGAUGUCAUGAGGAGGUUAUUGGGCGUACCGUUGUCCCAGUUUAAACCCAGUGAGAGUCUAUCGGAGUAUGAGUGUCCCCAGUGGUCACUGAAGAGACUAACGGAGCUCACAUUUGAUACUAUUAAUAACGGACAGGAGGAAGGGUUUGUGUCGAUUGUGGCUGAGAACCAAUCAUCUUCUAAUUCACUGCCUACAGUUCAUGUAACAUUGGAUGAGGAGCUGUUCACUGAGACUGCUCUAAAGAGAUGUCUGGAGUUUUUAUACACUGGAUCCAUCACGGUUGAUAAAAUCAGCGAAGAACUAGAUGAAACGAUAAAGGCAGCUGGUCUCCUCAAUCUACCGGAACUCAUAAUAAUAUGCAAGAAUGCUCAAAGUGAUCAAGAGUUCCUUAACCCUAGUAUCGGUACUUGGCUCAAUGAUCGUAACAGCUCCAUAGCUAAAGAUCUCUUCUUCAAUAAGACCUUCCUCUCGGAUGUGGAGUUCCUUGUUGAAGGAGUGACCGUACCUGCACACAAGAUAGUUCUGACGACCAGGUGUGACGUACUGGCGGCCAUGUUAACCGGAGGAUUCUCUGAAACCAACACUCAUCAAAUUGAGAUACCAGAAGUAUCCAGUGAAACAUUUCUGGCAAUGCUAGAGUAUCUCUACACUGAUCACAGUCCGAUUGAAGAGACUGACAGUGUUGGUAUCAUGAUCCUCGCUAAUCAAUACGUACAGCCCAGACUCAGUUCACUCUGUCAGUUGUACGUCACUAAACAGGUUGACAAAGCAUGUGCCAAGUCCAUAGCUGAAGCUGAUAUUAACAUUAUUGAUCUUCUCCUACUGUCUCAGCUACACAAUGCUGACCAGUUGAGUGGCUGGUGUCUUCACUUCAUAUCCAGCAAUUAUCUUGUGUUUGAGAAUAAAGACCAGUUUAAACAACUUGAAACUGAAAAUAAAGAAUACAUUGAGAAACACAGGUGGCCUCCUGUCUCUUAUUUGGAGGCAAUGGAGGAGUAUCAGAGACAGUAUGGUAGUGAUGAGGAGAUCAGUGGAGGGAAAAAGAAACGAGAGAAAUGUUCUGUUAUGUAAAAUAACUGUAUAAAUUUUUAUUUCCAUUUUUUAUAAUUUUAAGUAUAUAUUUAUGUAUUGCAACAGCUAAAAACUUAA